GAUUUUUGCAUAUUUUGUUUCUGCUCCAGAACAACCAUUGGCACAAGAGACGCAAUAUGGCGAACACUAACGGCACUGUUGUGGCGCUGUCCUUCAGCGCCGACAUGUACAAGAAGCUGUUUCCAGCAGAGUACAUGCGCAAGUGCCUAGCAAACAAGGUCCGGCCCGACUCGCGCACCAUCGAGGCUACGCGCGCCGUACAACUGCAGACGGACGUGGUCCAGACUGCAGCCAGCUCUAGCCUCAUCAAGCUCGGCAAGACGUCAGUGCUGACGGCAAUCAAGCUAGCCGUGGGCACACCAGCAGUCAAUACACCCGACCAGGGAGAGAUUGCGAUUCAGGUGCAUUUGUCACCGUUAUGCUCGAACCGGUUCACGGUGGGCCGUCCGUCGGAGGAGGCGCAAAGUAUUGGUAGCCAGCUUACGAGAAUUAUUGUUGGCUCACGUGUGGUGGAGAUGGAGAGUCUGAGCAUCGUCAAGGGCCAGUCGGCGUGGAAACUUAUGGUGGACGUGUACUGCGUGGAUCACGACGGCAACGUGCUGGACGCUGCGCUCACGUCGAUCAUUGCGGCGCUGAAAACGUUGAAGCUGCCGGCCACAUCCGUCAAUGAGGCGGACAAUGUGGUAUCUAUCGCACCAGGUGAGCUGCCGGCCAUUGCCAUGCAUUGCGCUAUUUCUACUGCAUACUUAGCUAACUUCUGCAUGCUUGCUCUUUGCAGACGGAGACGCGACGCCACUGCGAGUGGAGCACGGCGCGUUCGCGACCUCAUUCGCCGUGGUGGACGGCGUGGUGCUUGUUGACCCGACGAGCGACGAGGAGGACCUGGCCAGCACCGUAUUCAGCCUAUCAUACAGCACUGACGGCCAGCUCUGCGGUGUGCACAAGGCUGGUGGAUCGAUCGUGGCGCCCAACGUGAUGCAACAAUGCAUGACGAUCGCCAAGCAGAACAGCAAGGAGCUGGCAAAGCUGGUGGAUGCUUCGACCUAGCGUGGCUCAAACAUCCUAUUGAACAGCAUGGAAAUAGACCCUUAAUUUUCAUAUUGUAUUCAGCGCACUGUAGCAUUAGACUAUGCUAUAGCAUAAAUAGAACCAUUUCAACCACG